GAGAGCGCCACUUCCUGGUAGUCACUGCGCUUUAUGGGUAACGUAGUUUUCAACAUCACCAAACAGCCGACCCGAACGACGGGGGGAACUCCAAGCAUGGCCAUGUAUUCCUUUACAACUGUAACGGGAGUUGUAGUAUUUUCACACACAGAUGGUGGCGAUUCAACGGGACGCCUUGAAGGAAAACUUUUUUAAGACUUUCAUCUGGAAGAAAAGAAAAUCAAACGGAGCCGGGAUCAGGGCAGGUAGGGGACCUGGACGUGAAUCCACGCCCGCCGAGGAUGCACUGAACUGGGAAACAUCUGCUGAAGUGUCCCCCGUCCCUACAGAUAUGGCUUCAGCGACGUCUAGCCCCGGUCCUGCCUCUCUGGGCUCCCAGGUCCACGCGGCAGCUGUUAAUGGAGAUAGGAGCACUCUCCUCAAACUCAUUACAGCAGAGCCCACGCUAAGGGACCGUGAGGACCAGUUCGGCCGAACCCCUUUGAUGUACUGCGUGCUGGCCGACCGCCUGGACUGUGCAGAGAUUCUGCUGAAGGCCGGCGCCUCAGUCAACAAGACCGACCACAGCCAACGGACCGCCCUGCACCUCGCGGCACAGAAGGGGAAUGUGCGCUUCCUAAAACUGCUGCUGUCCAGGCGCGCCAACUGGCUGCAGAAAGAUUUAGAGGAAAUGACCCCGCUGCACCUGGCCACCCGGCACCCCUCCCCUAAAGCCCUCGCCCUGCUGCUCAAACACAUCGGGCCGGGAGAGGUCGACACGCAAGACAAGAACAAGCAAACGGCACUCCACUGGUCAGCGUUUUAUAACCGGCCAGAACACGUUCGCCUCCUGAUCAAGCACGAUUCGAACAUCGGAAUCCCAGACAGCGAGGGCAAGAUCCCCCUGCACUGGGCUGCGCACAGCCAGGAGCCCAGCGCCACACAGACGGUCCGCUGUAUACUGGAAGCAGCGCCCACUGAGUCCCUGCUGAACUGGCAGGACUACGAGGGCCGGACGCCCCUGCACUUUGCUGUUGCCGAUGGUAACGAGGCAGUAGUUGAGGUGCUGACGUCUUACGAGGGCUGUAACGUGACAGCCUAUGAUAACCUCUUCAGGACGCCGCUGCACUGGGCAGCUCUGCUGGGUCAUGCCAAAAUUGUCCACCUGCUGCUGGAGAGAAACACAUCAGGCACUAUUCCCUCAGACAGCCAAGGAGCGACGCCCCUGCACUACGGAGCUCAGAGCAACAACGCUGAGACGGUUGGCGUGUUCCUGUCCCACCCGUCAGUGAAGGACGAACCUGAUCUGGAGGGGCGAACCGCCUUCAUGUGGGCCGCAGGGAAGGGCAGCGACGAUGUCAUCCGCACCAUGCUGGCCCUCAGCCCGCACAUCGACAUCAACAUGGCCGACAAGUACGGCGGCACCGCGCUCCAUGCGGCCUCCCUGUCCGGCCAUGUGAGCACAGUGAAGCUGCUGCUGGAGAAGGGGGCGAUGGUCGACUCUCUGGAUGUCAUGAAACACACGCCGCUGUUUCGCGCCUGCGAGAUGGGAUACAGAGAUGUCAUACUCACUCUCAUCAAGGGAUCUGCACGUGUGGAUUUGGUGGACGUGGACGGUCACACUGCUCUGCACUGGGCAGCUCUGGGAGGGAAUGCUGAAGUCUGCCAGAUACUGAUGGAGAAUGGGAUCAGCCCCAAUGUACAGGAUCAGGCUGGACGGACUCCGCUGCAGUGCGCUGCUUACGGCGGCUACAUCACCUGCAUGGCUGUUCUCAUGGAGAACAAUGCUGAUCCAAACAUACAGGACAAGGAGGGGCGGACUGCUCUCCACUGGUCGUGCAACAACGGCUACUUGGACGCUGUCAAACUGCUGCUGGGCUACAACGCCUUUCCCAAUCAGAUGGAGCACACUGAGGAGAGGUACACCCCCCUGGACUACGCCCUGCUGGGGGGGCACAGCGAGGUGACUCAGUUCAUGCUGGAGCACGGCGCUCUGUCUAUAGCAGCCAUCCAGGACAUCGCCGCUGCCUCCAUCCAAGCUGUCUACAAGGGCUACACGGUCCGCAAGGCCUUCAAAGAGAGGAAGCAGCUCCUCAUGCGACACGAGCAGCUACGCAAGGACGCGGCCAAGAAGCGAGAAGAAGAACAGCGGAGGAGGGAAGCCCUCCGAAAAGCUACUGUGGCUCCUGCAGAGAAACGAAAGGUUUCAGUGGUCAGAGCAGAGCAGGAGAAGCUCUCCUUGGUGAACACGAUGGGAGACUUGUCCGUGAACGAUGCACCGGUGGAAACAAAGAAAGUGUCCAAAGCUGAACGCACGAAGGCCAAAGAGGAAAGGCAUAAAGCCCACAAGAGCAGGUCCUCUGGAAGGAGUAAAGCACCUGAAACGCACGAGGCUCCUGAAGCUUCGAGACGCUGUCACGUGAGCGGCGACGCUGAAGCCGGCGCUCCUCAGACCACCAGGCUGAAGGAACUCCUCUCCCCCGCCAGCUGCAGACAGUCUCCCGGCCUCCGACCCGCGCCUCUCCCGAUUCCCAAAGCCAGGGAGCGGCCCUCCUCAAACGCGGCCGACUCCGCCGUGGACCAAACGGAGGUCAGCGCCAGGGAGUGUGUCCCUCCAAAAAAGAGGGACGCUCACGCGGGCGCGCAGACGCCCCCCGGCAAAGCUGACGCCCACGCCUCUCCACAAAAGCACAGAAGCCACAGGACUUCAGAGAAGGCCGCGGCCCGAGACCAGACUCAAGCCGCCUCAUUAAGGAGCAGCUCAUCUCUAGAUCAAAAAAGCCCUUCGAGAAGGACUCAUUCCGCCACACGCGCUCCGGCGUCCUCACACACACACAGGGAACACGACAGGGAGCAGCGCAGGAGGAGGAACGAGGCCGCACGCAUCGUCCAGCGAGCCUGGAAAAGGUUUUGUGCACGCAGGAGGAAGGAGGUGAAGGCCCGGGAGGAGGCGGAGUCAAGUGAUUCGUGCCCCGCCCUCAACAGGAAGAAGACGGAAGUCAGAGUUCAACCCGCGAAAACGGCUCAGAGUAAGAGCUCCGUGCUACAAAGCAUCUAUGGCACCUCCAUGGCCAAGCGAGGGCGAUCAUUUCGCGGCUCUCAGUCUCAGCUGCUCAUGGACAUCCCUCUGCGCACCCAGAGCCAGUUGAGCGGUAUAGAGUGUGUGCACCUGACUGAUGCCAUGAAUCAAGCCAAGCAGUACUCCUACCACCUGAGACCACAUAGCGCAGGACAGGGGACGAGAGGCCGUGGAAAACACUGAACAGACACACACACAAAACACACACACACCCCUGGUGUUCUUUGAUGUUUUCUCAGCUGGCCGACAGUCGUACCUCUAUAGAAUUACUCUACACAUUGUUCAGUGCACAAUGUGCCAAGCUUUCUAAAAUUAAGCCGUGUGACAUCAGAGCCAUGACCUCACAGGGUGGGGUUAAGUCUACAGAAAUGGUGUGUGUAAAAGAUAACCUUUCAUCCAUUGUGGAAGGGACACAUACACACUCCAUCUCCCUCGUUCUUCGUCGCUCUCGCACACACACUGAGAUAACCUUUCCUCCCGUUGUGGAGAAUGAGGCAGUCUAUCAACAGCCGGUCAUACAGAUAGCCCACCUGCAGCCACUGACACACACACGCACACACAAAAAUCAGGGCUUUAAGUGCUUUCUUGCUCAAGAGAAGCGUGUAUUGAAUUAUGCCUUUUCUUCUUUUCUUUUUUUUUUUUAACUUUAUUUGCACAAAAAUGUGUAAUUUUAUAAAUUUAUACCUCAGUAUUUGUUGCUUUUUUUAAUAUAUCGUAAAGAAUAAAAUAAAAACUGAAAACGAGAGCAUUUUGAACUUCAUUUUGCCUUUAUUCUGUUUUUUUUUUUCUUUUAGUCGUUAUAAACUGUUUUCUACAAAGUCGGGGGGUACCCAAACACCACCAAAAGAAGGCAAAAAGAGAGCAAACAAUUACAUGCUCAGAACUGGAAAGCGGCAGCUGAAGAUAAAGAAAAAACUGAAAAUAAUAUAUUUUUU